AUGGCUACUCAGUCAUUAGCCCCGUACAAGAAGCCCGCACCCAUGAAAAAAGAUGUCAGCAAUAGAGACAUUACCAAGUUUUGUCAUUUUCAUGGGGAUUACGGCCAUGACACCAAUGAAUGCAACAAUCUGAAGCGGGAAAUUGAAUUCCUGAUAAGGAAAAAUAAUCGGCACGUACAGAAGUAUGUCAAGGUCAAUCAGAAUCAGAGGGGCGAUAACAACCAAGACGUGCUACCACCACCAGUAGAUGGACAUCUGCAAGUCAUUAUUGGAGGUUCACACAUAGCUAGAGAUUCAGGCGAAGCCCGUGAGAGGUAUGCCCGAACAGUACAACACGAGCAAGAAGAAGUAGUCCUGGCCAUAGAAGGGAGGAAGCCGAAGAUCCCACGAGCAGGGGAACCCACCAUAACAUUUAAUGAUGAAGAUACUGUCAAGAUCAGAUUUUCGCACAACGACCCGUUGGUCGUGGAAGUCCAGAUAGCCAACAAGAUGGUAGCCAGAACCAUGAUAGAUAAUCGAGCCUCUUCCAACAUCUUAUUCAAGACCACAUAUGGUUCGGGUCCAGGGUCGGCACCGAUUCCAGAUCUGGGUUGA